UCAAAGCACAGCUCCAAAAAGCACCGAUACCGAUUCGGCUGUCCCCGAUUAAUAUCCGCCAAAAAAUCAACUCCUCGCUGUUUCUCUCUCUAGAAACCCUCUCUCUGAACUCACCAACCAAUCAGGCCCUUCUUUCUGUCUCUCUCUCUCUCUUAGUUGUGGUUUGACGAUUUGAUUUUCUUUGCGCGUUUUCUUCCCCUUUUUUUGCUAGGGUUCGCAAUUUUUUAUUUUGUCGAUUUUCUUCGUGCUUAACUUUUUUUUUUUCUUUUCCUUGUCGUAAUUUGUUGCAAUUUGGAGUUUCGGAUUUGGGAUUUUUCGUUGGGUUCUAGGUUUUGAAGUUUGAUUUCAACUAUUCCUUGAUCAAAUUUUGUCUCUUUGGGGUGAUUUAGGGUUUUUUUUUUCUUUCUUUUUUGGUCGCCGAGAUGGUGAGUUCGGAGGGAUUGAAUUCAUCACAGCCACCGAAGCAGUACGGCGUAACGAAACCGAUAUCUAUGUUGGGGCCAACGGAUGCUGAUAUGCAAAGAAGCCGCGAAUUGGAGAAGUUCUUGAGUGAUGAUGGCCUUUAUGAGAGCAAAGAGGAAGCCGCAAAGAGGGAGGAGGUUCUGGGUCGGAUUGGGCAGAUUGUAAAAGAUUGGGUGAAGCAGCUUACUCGCUUGAGAGGGUACACAGAUCAAAUGGUGGAGGAUGCCAAUGCUGUCAUUUUCACUUUUGGCUCUUAUCGGCUUGGGGUACACGGUCCUGGAGCUGACAUUGACACAUUAUGUGUUGGACCGUCUUAUAUCAAUAGAGAGGAAGACUUCUUCUUUGUAUUGCACAACAUGUUGUCUGAAAUGGAAGAAGUUACAGAGCUGCAACCAGUUCCAGAUGCUCAUGUACCUGUGAUGAAAUUCAAGUUUGAUGGAAUAUCGAUUGAUCUUCUUUAUGCUAGUAUUUCUCUUUUGGUGGUACCGGAUGACUUGGACAUCUCGGAUGUUUCUGUUCUAUAUGAUGUUGAUGAGCCUACUGUUCGAAGUCUCAAUGGCUGCAGGGUUGCUGAUCAAAUUCUUAAGCUUGUUCCCAAUGUUGAGCAUUUUCGCACAACACUCCGGUGUUUGAAGUUGUGGGCUAAAAGACGUGGUGUUUAUUCCAACGUGACUGGGUUUCUCGGUGGUGUGAACUGGGCCAUUCUUGUUGCUCGAGUGUGCCAACUUUAUCCUAAAGCAAUUCCUAGUAUGCUUGUUUCUAGAUUUUUUAGGGUCUAUACACAGUGGCGCUGGCCAAACCCUGUUAUGCUGUGCCCAAUUGAAGAGGAUGAACUUGGAUUUUCCGUUUGGGAUCCCCGUAAAAAUCCUCGUGACCGAACUCAUCAUAUGCCAAUAAUAACCCCCGCCUAUCCAUGCAUGAAUUCGAGCUACAAUGUAUCAACAAGUACACUACGUGUCAUGAUGGAGCAGUUCCAGCAUGGUAACAAGAUCUGCGAGGAGAUAGAGCUGAAUAAAUCCCAAUGGAGUACUCUGUUUGAGCCACACUUGUUCUUUGAAAGCUACAAAAACUAUCUGCAGGUUGACAUAGUCGCAGCUGAUGUUGAUGACUUGCGUUCUUGGAAAGGCUGGGUGGAAUCCCGGUUGAGGCAGUUGACUCUUAUGAUUGAGCGAGACACGUAUGGGAAGUUGCAGUGUCAUCCAUACCCUCAUGAGUAUGUGGAUAACUCCAAACCAUGUGCCCAUUGUGCUUUUUUUAUGGGCUUGCAGAGGAAACAAGGGGAGAUAAUUCAGGAAGGGCAGCAGUUUGAUAUCCGAGGGACAGUAGAUGAAUUUAGGCAUUCCAUAAACAUGUAUAUGUUUUGGAAACCUGGAAUGGAAAUUUAUGUCUCUCAUGUUCGUAGGAAGCAGAUCCCUUCUUAUGUUUUUCCAGAUGGUUAUAGACGUCCUCGACAUCCUAGGGUCUCGUCACAGCAACCGUCUGAUAAACCAUCCUAUGAAGAUGGUGGUGCUUCCCGCGUUGGCUCUGGGGAGAGAGGCCUUAAAAGGAAAAGAGAUCCUGAUGAAGCGAACGUGAAAAAUGAUAUGCCAGAUAAACGGUGUUCUAUUAGUCCUCAGAGGCGGGAUUCAAUUUCUCCUGAAAUUAUCAGUCACAAGUUUGGUGGUACAUCUGCAUGCUUGGCAUUCUCUGAAGGGAAUGAAAUGUGUGAAGUUGAUAAAAAGAUGUUUUGCCCUGAUGAUGUUGAAGGGGGAUGUACAUCAAAUUCCAGUGUAAUCACCUCCCUUUCAAGUGACAUUGGUUCAUGUGAGGAUAUUGGAAAUGAAUCAGUAGCAGGUAGCAGCAAGGGGAACAAUGGAAGUGCUGAUGGGAGUGUCGAAGGAAGUAAUAACGUGGUAUCUUCUCAAAGUGAUUCUGGUGAUGCAGAUUCUUUGUGUCAUUUGGAAAAUGUGUGUCGAGAUGGCAGUGGAGUAUUUCAAGAUGGAUUGCGGGAAGAGUUUGAGCCAAAUGCUGCGGUUGUGGAUGGAGUUGAUGCGGAAGCUGUGCAGAAACCAGUGUUAAGCAGGUUAAGCUUGACAUCAACAGCGUGAGAUAUCAGAAGUUGGAUAAAAACUAAAGUUCUUUCUGUCCAUGUUGCCGUCCAUUAGACGGAAGGCCAGCAGUUUGGGGUAAGUGUUACAUUACUUGCUGGCUUUCUUUUCUUGCGUUUUUUCAGGCAUGCUUGUUAGUAUAAUGCGGAACAGAGAUCAAAUGGAGGCACAAUUGGAAGAGCUCUGCUGUGUGUGGCUUUGUCAUGUUCAAUGCACAAUGUUGCAUUUGUGAAGUACAUUCUGUUCCCAUGCUUGGACACAAAAAAACAAAAACAAAAAAAAAAGAAAAGAAAAAGAAAGGAAAAAAAUUCUGUUCCCAUGAGCAGCAAGUGUGGCAGGUGCUUCAAAGUAUUUAGAUUGGAUGAGGAUAGGGGGAUCGGUGUGUAAAAUUGGUUUAGUGUUCUUCUAGUUGAGAGGUGUUGAUAUAUAUAUACAUAGCACUGAUGUUAACGAGAGGUUAUGGCAUUUGGUUUAAUAUGCCUUGUCUUUAUGAUACCUUUUGCACCUUUGCCUACCGUGUAAUAUAAGAAUUUGUCAA